AGAGUGUGUGACAUGAUAUCGUCCUUUACUGGCUCCUAACAGACAGCCGCCGCUCCUUCCAAAUGAGUCGACACGAUCCACAAAUAUCUAGAAGGAUCGAACAAGCACAUUAAGACAGUGUGCAGAAAUGGUAGAUUGAAAUGUGGCAAGGCAAAGAAAUUGGUGGCUCAAGAUGUGUAGAGAGCUCGUUGAAUAUGUGGUUAUCGACUUCCGCACAAAGGCAAGGCAUGAUCAGUAAUGGUGUCGGACUGGUGAAGCUCUUGGCAAGAAUUCGGUACGGCCGUUUCGUCUGUUCGUUUCAAUCCUUGCACAGCAUCACAGCGAGUGCCUCAGCUGCUUUUGUUAUACCAAAUUCGGCGGCCUUCAUCUCAAUCCUGUGCACAAGGUCUUGGAGAAGGUGUUGUUCAAGGGAAGGUGUCCAUAAUCUUUGAGUAAAUGCGGGUAUCUGUCAUGCCAGAAGGGCCGUGCUUCGCUGUCAGCGUUAUUGUAUGGCCCUCCCUUCAUUUUCAGUGCAUUCACGUUCUGACUACCUC